UUCCGCAGAGAGAUAUCAGAAUAUUUUAAUACAUUCCAAAAGCUUCACUCAACAACUGAGACAAGGUACUAUAAAAUUCUCUUUAUUAUCGAUAUGCUUUACUAAUCAAACGUAUUACUUCUUAAUGAACCUCUGAAAUCUUUAUGUAUUCCCUAAAUCACCAUAUAUACACAUAAACAUUACCUGUGCGUCAGUCGUGUGUUUUCUCAUGACCGUCACACCUGUGUCGUUAUACGUACUUCUAGUUUGAAGUAGAGUGCUUAUGAACACGUGCUUCCGGCUAAAUGAUUCUUGUGCAAUAUGUGAAUAAUAUUCAUUACCUUUAUAAAUCUGUUUUAUCACAGAUCAAUAACAGAAAAACGACAAUAUUCACUGAUACUAUUUUGGUGACAGAUGGAAUUAUUCUGGUUAAGCGGUAUCCUCGUGCCGUCUGAUAGGGUAGGUACCCGGCUCAGAUUAAUCAGAUAAUACCCCUGGGAAUAAACAAUCUGUUUUAAUAUAAACUUAUUAUCCCCGAGAUAAGGAUUAUCGUUAUUCAAUUAAUAUCUUAAUUUCUGACUCUUUACGGCACUUUGACGCCGCUGAAGCAGUUUAUUGAUCGCUGUCUUUAAACCACGAUGUUUUCCUGGAACCUAUUUCCUACUUUGCUAUAUACUUCUACCAUUAGUAUUGUCACAAGUUCAUUAGUAUUGGGGCCUAAUGCUACACGACCCUGUGUGUGCUUGCAACAUUAUUUGACAACAAAGAAAGCACUCUUGGUGCUAGAAGAGAAGGAAGGUGCAGGCAGAUUUUUUGUGAUGGAACAACAAGGACUGGUUUAUUCUUUUUCGUCAAAUUUUGGGAACAAGAAACUGUUUCUUAAUUUGACGUCUUUUGUGGAAUAUGACGAAAAUAUCGUCGACGAACGUGGACUCUUAAGUAUGGCUCUGCAUCCUAGGUUUUCAACAAAUGGUAAAUUAUACACAUACUCAAUACGUAAACUUAAAGGAGAACAUUUUGCAUUUGUUACGGAACUUCAAGAAGUUUCAGGGAGGGUUGACGUUUCGAAGGAAAAAUUAUUAAUGGUUAUACACCAGCAUAACGCAAAAAGAAAUGGUGGUCAGCUAUUAUUUGGCAAGGAUGGAUAUCUGUACAUUUCCGUUGGAGAUGGAGGUCUUUCUUCAAGUGCGCAGAAUAUGACCUCUCUGCUGGGAAAGAUUUUGCGUAUAGAUAUCGGAAACAUUGAGAUAGUGAACAAUCAGAUCCGGUACUACGUCAUACCACCCGAUAACCCGGGUGUGAAUGGUCUUCCGGAGAUAUAUGCCUGGGGUUUUCGAAAUCCAUGGAGAUGUAGUCUUGAUACUGGAAGUUCUGAAGGUGAUAUUUAUUGUGGUGACCCAGGAGAAGGCGACCAGGAGGAAAUUGAUUUCAUCCAAAAGGGUCGUAACUAUGGAUGGGAUAUCAAGGAAGGAGAUAAAUGUGUUUCAAAUUCCUGUAAUAUAACAGGCCUUGAAGGUCGACCAGUCUACGUGUAUAAUCACUCCCAAGGACCCGCUGCUGUGAUCGGAGGAUACGUCUACAGAGGAAAUUCCAUUAAGAACCUCACUGGGAGAUACAUUUUCGCUGAUAUUUUUGCAAAAACAUUCCUGUAUACAUUAGAAAAAACGGGUGGUGUUGACUGGAAGGAGACACACCUUUAUUACUGUGACCUGUCCUUGUGCCCCUGUCACGCCAAGGAAACCCUGGGCCAGGAUUACCUGGUCUCGUUUUCUCAAGAUAAUAAAGGAGAAGUGUACUUACUGUCCACAAAAUCGUUCACAGGAAAAUCAACUGACGACAGACUUCUGAAACUUGUACCUCCCAACUAUUUCGCCACCACAUGCAGUGCUCCAGCUUUAACCAGUCACUUGAAAACAAUCUACAUUUUCGUGUCCUUUGCAUUUUAUUUAAUGAUCAAAAAGUAUUUUAAUUUAACCUUCUUUACGUAGUCCAACAAGUUUAAAAGACUGGUUGCUUGUGAUAAAACCUGAGCGAUUAGUAGUAAUUUGUUAAAUGACAGAUGUCACUUCGAAAGUUUGGUUUUCUUUAUUCCAUAUUUGGACAUACUUCAGUGCUGUAGUAAAAUUAUUUGUUGUGAAUUAAACAUUAUGGGCGUCUUGUUUGAUAUAUAACCCAGGAUUUAACAAAUUAAUCCGAUAAAUAUAUACAUUUGCUGAUGUUUU